UUGAUUGUAUUUUUUGUUGCCAAUGGAAAAUUAUAUUUAGAAGCCAUAUAAGUCAGGAUCCACAAACCUGAAUCCAGGAAAACAGAAACCACACUAGUUCUUUUAAAAGAGAUUUAUUUAAGACAUUAUUUAAUAGUAAAACAGGUAUUGGAGUUCUGAAAAGGGAAAAAGAGGAAACAAAAGUAACAGAAGUAACACAAAGCAGCAACAUUUCCUAGGGCUGGGGAAUAAAGUGAACAGGUUAGGGUUGUUAUAAACUGGAAGCUUAGAAGAAUGUCCUAUUGGAGCUGGAACCCAGGGGGUACUGCCUAGCUAGUACUAAUGCCUCUGAGGGCAUUUUGGGAAAAACAAAAGAAGUUAGAUACAGCUGUUGACUGACUGCUGCUUCCAGGUUGAAUGGCAUUGCUGGGCUGGCACCAACAGAAACAACAAAUAAACAGGAAGUAGCAGUGGCAAGAUGGCUUCCCUGGAUUGGGUGAAGGUAUUGGUAUUAGGAAAUUCAGGUGUUGUGAAAUCAUCAUUAGUCCAUCUUCUAUGCCAAAAUCAGGUGCUGGGAAAUCCAUCAUGGAUUGUGGGCUGCUCGGUGGAUGUCAGAGUUCAUGACUACAAAGAAGGAACCCCAGAAGAGAAGACCUACUAUAUAGAAUUAUGGGAUGUUGGAGGCUUGGUGGGCAGUGCCAGCAGUGUGAAAAGCACAAGAGUAGUAUUCUACAACUCUGUAAAUGGUAUUAUCUUAGUCCAUGAGUUAACAAAUAAGAAGUCAUCUCAAAACUUGUAUCGUUGGUCAUUGGAAGCUCUCAACAGGGAUUUGGUGCCAACUGGACUCUUGGUGACAAAUGGGGAUUAUGAUCGAGAACAGUUUGCUGAUAACCAAAUCCCACUGUUGGUAACAGGGACUAAACUGGACCAGAUUCAUGAAACCAAGUGCCAUGAAGUUUUAACUAGGAUUGCUUUCCUGGCUGAGGAUUUCAAUGCAGAAGAGAUUAAUUUGGAUUGCACAAAUCCAUGGUCCUUAGCUGCAGGUUCUUCCAAUGCUGUCAAGCUCAGUAGGUUUUUUGAUAAGGUCAUAGAGAAGAGAUAUUUUUUAAGAGAAGGCAAUCAGAUUCCAGGCUUUCCUGAUCGAAAAGAUUUGGGGGAGGAACAUUAAAGAGCCUUCAUUAUGACUGAAUUACACUCAUCCUUCGGAAGAAUGAGCAAGCAAUGGCAGUUUUUCACAGCUUUCUUCUUGCUGUGUUGAUUAUUAAUGUCUUUUAACAAAAUCAUCUUAAAAUGCUACCCUUCAGCCUCACCCUUUAAUGGAAAAUGAAGAAAAUGACAACAUGGGAGGCCCAAACUUUGUCCCCGUUCUCCCUGUUCCUCACCUUUCUCCCUAUUUAUGGAUUAUGUAAAAGCCCUGUGGAAAUAUGAGAUAUUGUCAAAAUGAUGCAGUAAAUGAGCACUGAUGGAAUACUGCAAAGAAAAUUUACCCUUGCCUGGAACUGGAGGGUUUUUUGGGUCUGUAAUUUUCCCACUCAUUGAUGAAGGCUUAAUUAAGUACUUCAAAAAUAUAUAAAAAAAAAAGAAAAAAAACAAAACAAAACAGGAAAUAGCAAGUCCAUUCUCUACCCGCUCCCCUAGCCUAAUGUCUCAAGUUAGCAGAACCAGAAAGUAAGCAAGCUGGCGAAGGAGAAAUAUUUAUAGGCUUACAGUCUUAUAUCACAGAGCCAAAUAUAGAAUGCCAUGUUUGGAGCUG